CAGUCGACAACAUCGCUUGAAGUUAGUUCUGUAUUGUUGUGCAAGAAGAUAGAAGUACUGACAUGUGUUCAGUAGUAACAUAUGUUGUUUUUAUUACGUUUUUUACUUGGGGUUGAUUGUUCAUGCACUCAAUGUAAAGAUUAUCGUCUCUCGGAAUUCGACGGGAAGGCCGUUACAGACUUCCAACUAGCUACGUUCCUUCAUGUGGAGAUGGCUGGGUUAUGCACCCAAAGGUGUUCAGAGGACCACAGAUGUAGGUCCUACAGGUACAACACCAGGACGAAGACGUGCUCCACCUACGGCUGUGGCUUCUCCCUCCCUACGAAGACGCUGAACCCUGUGUCAGAAGACAAUGGAUCAAGACUAUAUCCGUUCUGUGGACGUCCGUCGUUUGGGAUGAAGUGCGUGACGUCAUCAAAUUGCGCCUUCGAAAACUCAACAUGCGUGGACGGCGUCUGUGGAUGCGUGACGGGAACCAGCUAUGACGUCACGACUGGUGACUGUCUGAUUCGUUGCACCGCAUACGGCAGUGAAAUCAGUACUUACAAGGACUCUGCAAUAGAUGGUUGCAAUGCCAACGCCACUACAACGUCUACAAUGCAGGAGUGCUUUGCCACAUGCAUUCCAGAGACUCGCUUUGUGUGUAUCAGUGUGGAGUUUUAUCACGCAGAUGGAAGAUGCCAACUCUGUGACACACCCGCUCUGGAGCUCCCUGAGGGGGACCUUGAGGAUGGUAUCAGUACUAACUGGACCCUGGCAGUACGACACUGUACAUACUGAUUAUACUGUGUCCAUGAAUCAGAACGGACAGCAAGAUCCUGGACGCUAACUAACAAUCGCACAAGUUUUAAUAGUCAGUGUCUUGAUUUAUCUUC